AUGGCCUAUUCCGUCACAUAUGUAGGGAUAUUAAUCAUUUCGCUAUGCGGUUCUAGUGCGAUUGAUGCUGGUGAUUUGCUGCAGCAGAGAACCGGUGGUUAUGAAAUGGUGCUCAUACAUGAGGUAUCGGACCUGAGUGCAAUUCGUCGUAUUUCCUUUACAGCAUUUGGACGUUCAUAUGUUGCCGUAUUAGCUCCGACAAUUGAUAUUCUUGAUCCAUAUGCUCAGAUUAAAAUAAGCGAUAGAAGUCCGUUACCACUUGAUCCAAGUGAUCAUUACCGCGGAUACCUUGAAGGUUUGAUAAACAUACUUCUAUACCUUUUCAUAACUUUUAAGAUGCUUCUACCCAUCGCGAGUCAUGAUAUCAUACGACUUCUGAAUGCCUUAGAUUAA